CACAUAGUCACGUCCUAAUCUCUGUGUUUUUUUUUCUUUCUUUCACUGAUUGUCUCUUUUUUUAUCAGAGGAAAAAUUUUCUGGCGAAAAUUUUAAAAGCGAAAGAGAAAAUUUUUUGGAUUCUCGGAGACAUGGCGAGGAAUCAGUGGAGAAGGAUCAGAGAGAACAAUCAAUGGCGGAAAUUCUUAUGAGUUUCUAGUUUCAUUGCCUCCGUACCUGAGGGAAUCCGAAUUCGCAGGAAAGGGUUUGUCAGUUCUCAACAAUAGAAGGAAUGGCAUAAGCCCUAGAUUUGACGGGCAUUAUAGAAACCUUAGAUGUUAUAAGUCUAACAGAAACCCUAAUUGGUGUGACAAAAUUCCUAAAUUCACUAAUUGCUUUGAUUUGGUUCUGUUCACAAGGAAAAAGAAAAUAGUAUCAUCUGCAUAAGGCUUUACUUCUUGGGGUUUUAGGAGCUUUUCUGGGCUCUUUUGGAUUUACCCUAUUAAUUGGGUUUUCCGAUUGGAGCACAAUUGGCUUUGUAUGAGAUUUAGGGUUUGGAACUUCUAGGUGAUACACAUAGGGAUUUGAUUCUGUAAGAUAAACAAUGUCAAUUGCCAGUGUAGCACUUAGUCCAGUGCUCGAGGAGUCUCUAUGCUUCCCCAGUAGGUCCACCGGUCUGUAUGGCCCAUGCUCAAGUGAGUCAAUCUUGGUCUACAUUGCUGAUGCUGGGUCUGUGGUUCCCAUGUGUGUUAUGGAGUCAGAUUCGAUUGCUUUGGUGAAGCUAAGAAUCCAGAACCACAAAGGUUAUUAUGUGAAGAAGCAGAAAUUGGUUUGUGAAGGGAGAGAAUUAGCUAGGAACAAUACUUCCGUCCGAGACUAUGGGUUAAGUGAAGGGAUUGUAUUGCAUUUGGUGGUAAAACUCUCUGAUCUCCAAGCAAUUACUGUUAGGACUGUAUGUGGGAAGGAGUUUGAGUUCCAAGUUGAUAGGAAUAGAAACGUGGGUUAUGUGAAACAGCAGAUUGCUAAGAAGGGGAAAGGGUUUGUUGAUCUCAAGGAUCAAGAACUGCUAUGUGAUGGCGAAGAGCUUGAAGAUCAGAGACUAAUCAAUGACAUAUGCAAAAAUAAUGACACUGUGAUUCACUUGCUAGUUAGGAAAUCUGCCAAAGUAAGAGUUAAACCUGUUGAGAAAGAUUUAGUAGUGUCUAUCGAAGCACUAAAUCUGAAAGAGAAGGGGGCUGGUGUUAGAGAACACCAAUGGGGAGCAUUAUCUGGGGGACGUCCUGUCAUAGAGAGUAUGCCAUUGCAAAGAGAUUUUCUUUUGGAACCUCUAAUUGUUAAUGCUAAGAUUGAACUACCAAUAGUGAUUAAAGAUCUUAUUAACUCUACCUUUGAUGGGUUAAUCAGUGGCAAUGAGCCAAUUCAGUCGUCAGAGGGAUCAGGAGGAGCUUAUUUCAUGCAGGAUUCAUCUGCUCAAAAGUAUGUCUCAGUUUUUAAGCCAAUUGAUGAGGAGCCAAUGGCUGUGAAUAAUCCUCAGGGGUUACCCUUGUCACUUGAUGGUGAAGGCUUGAAGAAGGGCACACGAGUAGGAGAAGGGGCAUUGAGGGAAGUUGCAGCAUACAUUUUGGAUCAUCCAAGGAGUGGACGUCGCUCAUAUUGUUAUAGGGAGAAGGGUUUUGCUGGGGUUCCCCCCACUGUUAUGGUCAAGUGCUUGCACAGAGGAUUCAAUCAUCCAGACGGUUUUGAGUGUGCAGCCAAAAAUGUUAAGAUUGGGUCACUGCAGAUGUUUGUGAAGAACAAUGGCAGUUGUGAGGAUAUGGGCCCUCGUGCGUUCCCAGUGGAUGAGGUGCACAAGAUAUCAGUGUUGGACAUAAGGUUGGCGAAUGCAGAUAGGCAUGCUGGGAACAUAUUGAUUAGCAAAGAUCAUAAAGAUGGUCAGAUUGUGCUUAUUCCCAUUGAUCAUGGCUAUUGCUUGCCUGAGAAUUUUGAAGAUUGUACAUUUGACUGGCUCUACUGGCCUCAAGCUAAAGAACCUUACUCCCCUGACACAAUUGAUUAUAUUAAAUCAAUGGAUGCUGAACAAGACAUUGAACUUCUGAAGUUUCAUGGGUGGCACAUACCACCUGAGUGUGCCCGCACCCUUCGCAUUUCCACCAUGCUUCUAAAGAAAGGUGUAGAGAGAGGACUCACCCCCUUUGCCAUUGGAAGCAUCAUGUGCAGGGAAACCUUAAAGAAGGAAUCUGUGAUUGAGCAGAUUGUUCAAGAAGCAUCAGAAGCUGUGCUCCCGGGUACAAGUGAAGCUGCAUUUCUGGAGUCUGUAUCACUGAUCAUGGAUCGCUGCCUUGAUAAGCUAUCCCCAUAAGGCCAAGCAGUAAAUAUAUAGGCAUAUAAAUAAUGUGCAUAUGUUACUUAGAAUGUAUUCCUGAUUCUCAAAAAAAAAAAAAAAAAAGAAAGUAUUCCUUAGUUUAACAUGUACCGUUGCUUUGUUUCUGAAACUUUUUCCCCUUCUCCUCAUUUGAUUCGUAGAUAGGUUUGUUCAGCAUUAACCUCCUCCUUUCCCCGUCAUUCUCUCCCCUAUAUUACCUGAAUGAAAAUCUUCAAACGUUUAUAACAAAAAGAUUCAAGUA